AUGAUGGUUGUACACGAAGACAGAGAGAAACCGGUGGAAGUAGCUAUAAUUAGAAAGCCACUUUUAGAGCAGAAAUCAUAUAUUAUUGUAAAAAACCAUGUGAAAGAACUAUCAAAUACAGCGCAAAACACAACUAACUCUACCUGUGACGAGAAAAAUUCACUAGUCUCUUUAAAACGUCAAGGAACAAUAAAGAAACGAAAAUACUGUAAAAGGCAAAAGCUAACUCAAGAAAUACCAACAACAUCUAGUGAAAGUGAUAACAUUAACCAGAAUGGUACGGAAAUAGAUGCCAGUGAUUUAAAUGAACUGAAAACAGUAUACGCGAAGUGCAAAGAGGUUAUGAAAAGAAUUGAAUCUAAAUAUGGACACUUGUUGAAUUUAGACAGUGAGGAGGGUUUUAGUCUAUGUCGUAUGAAACAAAAUGUUCAUUCGGAAAGUUAUGAAGACGAGUGUAACUGUAAACCUAAAAAGAAAAUAGUGUUUGAUGAUGAAGGUCGGCAAUCAACAGUAGAUGUAUCAGAUAAGCACAUUUGUGUCCAAAAUACAAGGAAUGUGAAUAGUGCACCAUCAAUACACCAAAAUAUUGCAGUUGAAUAUCAGGAUGCUGAAUUGGGGUUACCGGAAACUUUACAGGAAUUAAGGGAACUGCUACAGGAUCCUGACAUAGAAGACACAUAUCGGAAUAGGAUUUUCGACAAAAUAAGGUUACUCAGAGCAGAGUAUACUAAUGAGAUAAAAUUUAAUAAGCAUAUAUUAAUUGAUAAAUUAAAAACUAAUCCUGAUGACUUAUUAAAUUUUAAGGGCACCAAUUUAUCUACAAUACCUGGAUAUUCUUAA